AAUCAGAGCAGAGUAAGUUUUGUUUCCGGGAAUGUUUGGUGAUGUGGCUAUGCUCUGACAUCCAUCCGAGGAAAUAUAUCAAAUAAAAAGCAGAUACAUUUACCUGGGAAGCACUCGCACAGUGCCAUCUUUAUGUUAAGCCGUCUGGCCACAGUCCUCCAGGAGCUCUCUGGAGAGGAGGGCCCAGAUCCCCCACAGGGCAUGCUGGUGCCUCAGCUCCCUGCCGGCGAGGGCCAGGCUCCAGUGGAGGCUGAGGUACCUGAGGAGGCCAUGGAGAGGCUGGCUCACCUGGAACAACUGGUGGUCCAGCUGAAGGAGCUCAUCCGAGAUAAAGACACUCACCUCAUCCAAAAGGACACUGAGCUGGCUAACAAAGAUGCACAGCUCAAGAAUGAGAAAGAAGAAGCUGAGGCUCGCUUCACCAAACUCAAACUGCAGGCCAAAGCUAAGAUGGCUUUACUCAACAAACAGAUAACUGAUUUGAAAGGACAAGGAGGAGCAACACAGAGUCCAGACAGCUCUUUCACAGGAGCUGGUGCUGCAGUUGAGGAGGAGCUCCAUGAACUUAAGAAGAAGCUGAGCGAGGAGGAAGCCAACAGCAGAGAGCUUCAGGAACGACUCCAGACCGCAGAAAAGCUCCUUCAAGAGAAGGAAUCUGCCCAUGCUGAACAGUUGCGGAAACUGCAGGUUGUGGUCUGUGAGAAGGAUGUACGUUUCCAGGAACAGAUCCAGAAACAUGAAGAAGAGCUGCUGAGAGUCACAACACAGUCUCAGAACGACAGCGAGAUUCAGCAGGCCCUGCAUGCAGCACAGAGGCGUUGUGAGGAGCUUGAGGAGGCCUUAAACUCUCGGUCCCAAGUGCUGGAAAUGCUGCAGCAGGAAGUGAGCAGUGCUGAUCAGCAAAAACAGAUCUUGACUGCUCAGUUCCGGCAGAUGGAGCAGGAGCUGGCCGAAACCGUCAAGCAGAGGGAGGAGGAGAGGCAGCAGUGGGCCGGACAGGCCAGCAGGGCCGAUGCAGAACUCGCAGCCCUCCGAACCAGUCUGGAGGCCUUGGAAAUAAAGAGCUCGGAGGUGGCGAGGCAAGAGAGCGAGCUGGUCUCCCUGAGAGAGGCAGAGCAUGUUAGUCAGGAGGCUCUGGAGAAAGAGAAGAUGGAAGUUAUCAGAUUGGAAAGAGAACUGGCUCUGAUGAAAGAGGCUGAGCUUGCAGCCAUCCAAGCGAGCCAUGAUGCCUCAGAGAGAGACAGGGCGAAAAUAGUUUGGCUUGAAAGUGAACUUGCAUCUAUGAGAGAGGCAGUCGAUCAUGCCAGCCAGGACGCCUCAGAGAGGGAGAAGUCAGAAGUUGAUAAACUAGAGCGAGAACAUGAAGAUGCCCAGAAGAAGGGUGAGAUCCUGGCUGAAAUUUGGAGACAUCUACGUUCUCUGGCUCUCGAAGAUGUGCAAGCAGCAGAAGAAAUCCCCUUCCCUGCUGAUCCUUCCCUGUUCCUGGACACUGUGCAGUCUAUUGAGACACAACUGACGAGGUUGAAAGAUGAAUGCAGUGAGAGUGAGGAACAUUGUGCUGAGCUCACCCACACCAUGGAAACCCUUCAGGAACAACUAGACAGAAAACAGGAGGAAACCACUGCCAAGAUACAACAGCUGGAACAGCAAAUUGUAAAGAUGUCUGAAAGAGAUGAUGUGAUUGAACCAUCUGCACAGGAUUCAUCUGAAGCUAAAAAAGCACGCAUACUGGAACUGGAGCAGCAGCUUCUACAAAAAGACAAUGAGCUGGUUGCCUUGCAGGAGUCCCUCAGACUGGUUAAAGAUCCCCGCUCCAGUGGGGUUGCAUCAUGUGAAAACUACGAUCAGACUCCACAUCAGGUUCAAGAUGCCAGUACGGCCCCCCAUGACAGUUCUGCAGCCCUUCCUGACGUCAUAGAGGAUACACAAGAAGAGGAGACCACCUUAGUUGCUGAGGACACCUCAGUCCUCUUAAUUUCUGGUGAUAAUGAGAGUAGCCCAGAGCUUAUUGGACAUCAGUCUGAAUCCCCAGAAGAAUCCAAAGGGACCUCGUCAGAUGAGAUGGUCGCCAGUAGUGAUUCAGAGGUGGCCCACAGCAGCUGGACCCUCCUGGAAGCUGUGAAUCAAGAUGGAGGCCAGGAGUGGCCGUCCAUCCUGCAGGACUUUGGCCAGCUGCAGCUGCAGUCAUGGGAAGCGACGAGCAUGGAGCAGGAAACCUCCACAGUUCAAGUUGAGUCGUCCUCUGUCAUCAUCCGAGAGACAGUACAAGUUCAUCUAACUCAGAGUUCUUCCACCACAGAUGGUAACAUGCCCUCUGGCCAGGUCUUUGCUCAGGCCUUAGCUGAAGAACUUCAGAAGAGGUACAGUGAGCUUUUGGCUGAGCUUCAGAGACUCAGGGAGGCAGCUGCAGAGUCACAGGAGAAAAUCAAGAGCCUGGAAGAAGACACACAGUCCCUUACUGCUGCCAAAGAAGAGGCAGAGUCCCAGUCCAAUAGUUUUGCAGAGCAACUUAGGUCAGCCAGAGAGGAGUUGGAGCAGCAAAGCAGCUCUGAGGUGGAGAAACACAGUGUUGAAAUGCAGCUUCUAGAAGAACAGAUAGACAUUUUAAGCACUGAAUGUAAAACCAAGGAAGAGAAGAUCCAGGCCCUUCAGACCGAUCUGGAAAUGGCCCGCCAAGCUUUCUCUGAGCAGGAGGGGCAGGCCAGGAUGCUGAGUGCUCAGCUGGAGGACAAAGAGCUCCUCUCCUCUGAGCUUGAAAGGAGGCUUCAGGAUAUGGAAAACAGCAUGUUGGAAUACUCUCAGACAUCAGAGCUCAACAAUGAAACUUUGUCAAAGAAGGACUCUGAGAUCAGUGAGCUACAGCUCUGUCUCAGCCAAAAAGAGCAAGAGAUGAUGGAGCUCAAUGACAGUAUGUCUGCUAAACUCCUCCAAGCAAAAGAAGAGAAGUUCCAGAUAGACGGUGAAGUCAAUAAACUGAAGGAGCAGAUAGUGGAACUUGAGAAAGUCAGAGAUGAGACACAGAAAGUAAGUUAUGAAGACUCAGCCGCUCACGUAGAUGAUGAACUUGCUAGUUUGCGAAAGGAGAAAGGAGUGCUGGAAACGCAACUGACAAACGCAAAGAAGAAGUUGCAGGCUGCACUUGUGCAACGCAAAGAGCUUAUGAAGAAGGUUGCUGAUUUUGAGGUAGAAGCAAAGAAAUGGAAGGAGCGAGAUGAAAAAGCAAAGGGAGAAACUCCUGCAAACAUUCCAGAGGUAGAACAAUCUAGAGGACAUGAGAUUCAGGAAAUGGAGGCUAAACUUGUCGAAUUCGAGUUAGCUUUAAGAUCCAAAGAAGAAGCAGUUGAGAUUCUUGAGCAGAAAAUUAGCCAGCAGGAUCAAGUUCUCACUGAGACGCUUGCUCUGAAUAAAAAGCUAAUUGAAGAAGCUGAGAACUCUCAGCAGGCAUCGGACAUUUCUGAAACAACUGUGUUCCAAUCCCAAAUGGCCUCUCUUGAAGCAGAGUGUGAAAAUCUUCAGAAGAAAGUUCAAGAGGCCCAAGAAUCUCGCAAGGAAACCAUCCGCAAGGCAAAAGAGAAAGAUAGGCACCACCGUGAACAGCUGAAGCAGCAGAAAGAAGAAUAUAGCGAGCUUAUGGAACGUUUUGAGGGGCAGAGCAACGAGCGAGAAGUUCUUCUGACUAAACUGAGAGAAUUAGAAGUAAAAGUGAGCACUAAAAGAGAAGAUCUACCUCCCCAAGGGAUCAAGCCACUGGCUGAAAAUUUGGAAAAGCAAGCAGCAGGUGAUUGGGUCCAGGAGGAUUGGGUGGAUUUUGCAACAUCUGAGACUGAUUCAUCACAACCACAAUCCAGCUAUCCAGUUCAGCAUCCCACAGAGCAGUCUGACAUCUUUUCUGCACAAAUAGAGGAACCUCUAAAAACUCUCAAAGGAGAGAUCCAGGCUGUGCGGGUGGCUAACACAGAGCUAGAGAAGCAGCUGCAGGAAACCCAGGCCAGUUUGUCACUGAAGGAUGCUGAAUUAUUAGAAUUGGGAAAAGAGCUACAAGCACUAAGAGAAAAAGAGAGGCAGAUUGAUGCACUCUCAGAGGAAAUUAAUGAUCUUAGAGAAAAGCAUCACCAAGCUCAGUCUUGUGCUGAAACCCUGAAAGCAGAGAUGGAAGCUGCAGCCAAAGCAGUAUCUGCAGAUUCUACACCCUCCAUUGCAACUCUUCAGGCUGAGGUUGAGGACUUCAAGCAGUUUCUGGACAAUAAGAACCAUGAAAUAAUGGAGCUAAGUCAGCAGCUUAGUGAGCAGAACUCUCUCAUACGCUCAAUGCAGGACGCAGUGUCUAAGAAGGAUCAGCUAAUAUCUUCUUUACAGGAAGAACUGAAGGCUGAGCAAGAAAAAACCCAAAGGUUAGAGAUUGAGGUUCCACAGAAGCAAGAGGAAGAAAAAGACAGUGAGGCAAAGAUCCAGCAGCUUCAAAGGAAGCUUCAAGCUGCUCUAAUCUCUCGCAAAGAGGCCUUAAAAGAAAACAAAACCAAGAAGGAACAACUAGCUUCAACUGAGAAGCUCAUAGCAGAACUGCAGCAGAAAAUGGAGUCAGCAGAAGAUGAGCUGGAGAAGCUAAGAGCAGAAAGAGUUAGACUGAUUGAUGAAGUCGACCGGACGUUACUGGAAAACCAAAGCCUAGGAUCAUCCUGUGAGAGCCUCAAACUGGCCAUGGAGGGCAUACUGAAUGAGAAAGAUGACUGUAAGAGAGAAGUGGAGUUGGCAAAAGAAGAGGCUGCCAGAACAUGCAGAGAAUGGGAGGAAAAGGUUCAAGGCAUGAAGGACGAGUACGAGACUCUGCUCAAGUCAUAUGAAAAUGUGAGCGACGAGGCAGAGCGAGUGAGACGAGUCCUGGAAGCUGCCAGGCAGGAGAGACAGGAGCUCGCAGCCAAGGUGAGGACGCAUGAGGCUGCGAGGCAGGAAGCUGAAAGACAGGCAGGGGAGGCACAGAAAGAGGUGGAUACAGUGAAAGACAAAAUGAGAAAGUUUGCCAAAACAAAGCAGCAGAAAAUACUGGAGUUAGAGGAGGAGAAUGAGAGACUCAGAGAGAUGCAUGAAAAGACUGGAAUAAAAGAGGACAAGGCUCUCAAAGCUGAGGCUGAAAGACUUCAAGAUGAGCUGGGCGCUUUGAAAGCUGAGUUAGAUGCUACAGUGGCAGAAAGAGACUCUUUCGGGCAGCAGAUUGAAGAGUUGAGGGAACAACUUGCCCAAACAGGAGACCAAGAGAACAAUGUAAUUCAGGCUACUCUGCUUAGCUCUGCAGCUGUUGUAGAAGAGGUUGUCACUGCCCAGCAAUCAGACAUCAUCAUGACCAGAGCACAGCCUGUUGAGAGUCAGUAUGAAGACAAAGAAAAACCCUUAACCUCACAGGAAACACCAGCUGACCAAAUAACUGCAGUGCAUGCACCAGAAACACAUUUACAACCUACUGAUGAAAAAGAAAAAGGCGAAAUGACUGAAAGUGUUCAAGUUUUAUUAGAGGAUAAAAUGAGGGAAAUGGAGGCAGCUGUUAAUGCAGAGAGGGAACUGUGGCAGGAACAGGAGGCUGAACUCAAAGCUCAGUUGGCCUCUCUGGAACAAGAUCUUCAGGAGGGUAAAGAGAAGGAGAGUCGCAUGGCCUCUCUAGAGAAGUGCCUCCAAGAGAGCAAAAACAGAGAAAAGAGCCUGAUUGAAGAGAGUUCAAAGAGGGAAGCCCAGUUCAAAGAGCUUCUCAGAAGCCUUGAAACUGAGAAAGAUAACCUGGAGGAGCGUCUGAUGAACCAGUUGGCUCAGCUCAACGGGAGCAUCGCUGGCUACCAGCAAGAGGCAGCAGACAAACGCGAGCACCUCGCUGAACUGCAGCGGGAGGUGGAGAGGUUGGAGAGGGAGCGAGCCGAACUCGAAGCCGAGGCUCAGAGUGAGAGUGACCGGGCCGCCAGGCUGGAAGAGGACAUGAGGCAAGCCCAGAGGGAACGAGCUGAAGCUGAAGCAGAGUCUGGUAAGCAGAGGGAGCUAGAGCAACAGCUGAGGUCUGCUCAGAGGGUCAAAGAAGGCAGUCAGAGCAGAGUGCGUCAGCUGGAAGAACUGCUGAGGGAGAAGCAGUUGGAGGUCCGUCAGCUUCAGAAGGACUGCAUCCGGUACCAGGAGAGGAUCAGUGAACUGGGUAGAGAAGCUAAGGCGCUGCAGCUAGGCCAUGAUGAGCUCCACAACAAACUAGAACAAUCCCAACUGGAAACUUCCAAAACUGUAGAAGACCUGAAAAGGACUGAAGCAGAGUUGGCUAGUUGCAAAUCCCAGCUGGAUGAGGCCCUGAAGCAGGCAAGCGAGGCUUUAGCUGAGAAAACAGCCCUUGAAGAAAAUGCCAAACAGAAAGAGGCCUUGAUGAAAGCUGAGGCAGAGCAAACCCUUGACUCUGUGAGAUUCAGACUGGGAGCCGAACUGAAGGAGAUGGAGCUGAGACUGGAGGAUGCGUACAGCGAAAGGGAAAAGGAAGAGGAAGCCACUCUGGAGGCCAGAGAGAUUGCAGAAGGAGCUGAGAGACAGGCCCAGGAGUUGCAAGCCCGUCUGGACGAGUCUCUGGCCAGGUUAGCUGCCUUCUCACGCUGUAUGUCCUCACUGCAAGACGACCGGGACAGAGUUUUGGACGAGACCCGACAAUGGGAGACUCGCUUUAAUGAUGCUCUGCAGGGUAAGGAGGCUGAAGUUCGGGAGGCUGAAACACGGGCCAAGGAACUUGCAGAACAACUUCAGCGAGAAUCUGCCUUGAAAGAGGAACUUCAGCUUUCAGUGGACAGACUAGAGAAAGCAAACAAAGAUUUGCAGCUUAGACUGGAAGAGGAGGAAAAGAAAGUCACAGAGAGCCAGGCUGCCAUAGAGGAGGAGAUGAGUAAGCUUCAGCAAACUACAACUGAGCUGCAGGCUGCACAGAAUGAAGCCCAAGCCCUGAAAAAUGAAGUGGAGAGUCUACAUCAGAGGGCCAGAGCUCUGGAGGAGGCUGUAGGUCGGCUGCAGGGUGAAGUCGACCAGGCCAGGACUGAGCUGAGGGAGAGGGAGGCAGAAGAGAGGCGGCUGUGUUUGAAUGUGGAGCAACUAGAAACAGACCUGCGGUCCUCUAAGACCUUGACAGAGAGUCUUCAGACUGAGUUAAAUGAGAAGGAAAGGAGAGAAGUGGAAAUGCUGGGGGAGAAGGAGCAAGCUGUUGCUGAGGCUGCAGAGGAGGCUAGAAAGGAGGCUGACAGCAGGGCACAUGAAGCUGAAGAGGAGCUGGAGCAGAGAAGAGUGGAAGUGCGGGAUUUGGAAGAAAAACUGCGAAAGGCAGAGGAAGAGAGCAACAACAGAAAAGCCAGACUGGACUCUUUCAUGAAGGCCAUGGGCUCCUUGCAGGAUGACAGAGACAGAGUCCUCAACAUGUACAAACAGCUGGAGGAGAAACACCUGCAGGUGAUGAUGGAGAAGGACGGUCUGAUCCAAGAGGCAGCAGGGGAGAACAACAGCCUGAAGGAAGAGCUGCGCUCCCUGCUGGUCCAGAGAGACGACCUGUAUGCUGAAAAGGCCAAGCUGUCUGCUCAUCUUCACGGUUACCGUGAUGAACUUAACCAAGUCCUGAGCAUGAAGGACUCUCAACACAAACAGCUUCUGACAGCUCAGCGAGAGCAGAUUGCCUCUCUGGAAAGGGCACGUGAGGAAUUGGAAAGUCAGUUAAAGAGUGUCAGCAGAGCCAGAGAGACAGAAGUUGAAGCAGGCAGAGUGGAAAGAGAAACUCUUAGCCAGGCUGUUGGCCUCACGACGGCAUCACAGGUGAGAGAUGCUCCCGGUGCAGAGGUUGAGAAGCUGAGGGAGCAGCUGCAAGCAGCGAGAGAACAAGUGGAGGCUUUGGAGGAGAGCCUACUGAAGGAGAGACAAGAGCAGGAGAGCAAGAGCAAAGAGCUAGCUGUGCUGCAAUGGGAGGGAGGUGUGAUGCGGACAGAGUCGGAGAGUGCUCAGGAGAGGGUGGCAGAGCUGGCCCGAGACUUGCUGGCUGUCGAACAGAAACUGCUAGAGGAGAAAGAGGUGACGACUCAGCUGAGAGCAGAGAACCAGUCAUUCUCAAAAGCCAUGGCCUCUCUCCAGGACAGCAGGGACCAGGCAGUAAACAAGGCCCAGGAAGUUAGCCUGAAGCUGGAAGAGAUGAGAAAGGGAGGUGGCCAUGCAGCACACAGCAGCCCCGGAGGCUCCACUGGAGAAGUGUGGGGGCUGAAGAACGCACUACAAGCCCUGCAGAAUGACAGAGAGAGACUGCUGGAGCAGCUUCAAACACAGACGUCUGAGCUCAAUAAGCAGAAGUCAGAGCUGGCUCGACUGGGAGCAGGGGAGCUGAUUAAAGUCAGCCAGGAGCUGUUUGAAGCGAAAAAGCAGAAUGAAGACAUGCUGGGUGUCAUAAUGCAGCUAGAGAAUGUGGUGGAAAUGGGCAAGCAGGAAAUAGAAACUCUCAGACUGGAGCGUAUUGACUGGAUGGCUCAAGCAGAGCAGCUGAAGCAGCAGACCCUCGCCACACUCUCUGAGAGGGACCAACAACUGCGGCAACUCACCACCAUGCUGGAGGAAGCCCACACUCAUAAGCCCAAACUUCAGCAGGAACACUAUCAGAGAGAGGGCACAGAGGAAGUGGACAGUGCUCCUGGAGCCCCACAGGAGCGGAGUAGCCUGCUAGACAGCCACGCCUACAUAGCUGAGGUCAAAGAGCUACAGAGGAGGCUGGAUGAAGAGAUGCAGCAGAGGGUGGCUGCUGAGGAGCAGCUAAUGGCCACACAGGAUCGACUCAAACGUCACAGCCAGGCUAAAUGGCACUCUGCACAAGAAGAGGAUCACUCAGAGACUGCUGUUUUCAUCGAGCCGCAGGAAGGAGAUGUCACUCGAACUCGGAGAGGGAGAGGUGGCCCGGGUUUGGUGCGGAUGCUCCGAGUGGCCUUCUGCUCCCGCCAGCGUACCCCUCUGCUGUUCAGCCUCUAUCUGCUCACUGUGCACGUCCUGCUGCUGCUGUGUCUGGGCGGAUACCUCUGAAACCAGCACCCUUUAACUAAACCUGACAGAUGAGAGGUAGAGAUAGAGAGCGGAGGGGAGAUGUGACACAGACCUAACCCAAGCCAUCAAUAUGUUUUAUAUUGUUACAUGUAAUAAAUUAUAGAAGGGUGUGAAGGAUGUACUACACACAAACAUUGCACUUUACAGGACUUAAUCUUUUAGCCAAAGUAUGUAGAUUUAUAUAGGAAGCGGUUACUGAUUUUAACUAUGUUGCUCCUGUAUGACUUUGAGGGUGUAUGGUAAGUGUUUCAGAACCCAAGCAGAGAGGACAAAAAGGGGCAAGGUUUGAUUAUUCUUUCUAAAAAAUCUAUAAGUAGAUUUACAAUCAAGUAUUUUGGCAGAUGGUGUUCUCCAGGUGCCUUUAGAUUUGGAUAUAAAAGGGUCAUUUUAUGUUAGAGUAAAAGUUCGACAUUUUGGGGGGACUACGCUGGUUUAGAUGAGAUUGAUAUCACUCUUAUCUGUCAGUUAAAUAUAAGACCACAGCCAGCAGACGGUUAGCUUAGCAUCAACACUGGGAAAUAGGGGGAAACACCUAGCCUGGUUCUGUAAAAAGGUAACAAAAUCCACCGAAACGCAACUACUAAGCUCAUUACUGAACACGUUACAUCUCGUUUGUUUAAUUCAUACAGAAACCAAAGGAAAAAACGACAAGUAGCCUUUAGACGGGGUUUAUGUGCCGGCACUAUAUUGGCUCUGAGCAGUUGCCAGGCAACCAGCGGAAACUCUAGGAAGUUACUUGUUGCGGCCAAAAAUUGUUUUUUACACUUUGGUUUUUUUUUUAAAUUGAAACAAACGAGAUAUAAUGUGUUAAUUUGUGUGUUUUAGAUGUGCUGGUAGGUGGUAGCUGUUAACGCUGGACAGAGCCAGGCUAGUUUCCCUGUUUUCCCUGUCUUUGUGGUAAGCUAACAGUUAAGCUAACUGACUAGGUUACUUUACCCGUUUCCAUGGUUUUCAGUCUUUGCGCUAAGCUAACCGGCUGUUUGCUUCUAUUUAACUGACAGAUAUGAGAGUGAUAUCAAUCAUUUCAUCUAACCCUCGCCAGAAAGCGAACAAGCGUAUUUCCCAAAUUGUCGAAAUAUUCUUUUAGGAUGGCUUGAGGUUCAGGACGUGCUCUUAUAGUCCAGUCUCUUCCUCUUCUACUCAUUUCAUGCACAAAAAACGGAGCAUAGUGCAAUUUCUGUUCUUACACAUUCCUAUUGUGUGUUUUCCUUUCCUUUUUAUUUUCCUCUUAAAAAUCACAUUUUUAAAAGUGAGCAUUAUAUUGAUAUUUGUACGUAAUGUACAUGUAUUAUGUAUGUCAGCUGGAUGUGGGUUUUUCCUCUUAUAUCCAGUAAGAUUCCCCUUCCAUGCUUCUGUUGCGCACACCUAGAUUUUACAGUUUGCUCUGUAGUUUUUAUGGCAAAUGAUGUUGCCAUUCAGGUGCAAUGUUUUACCACAGUGUGGAUUCAUUCCAGAGGAGAAAGACUGCUGUGUUUUCUAAGGAUAUCCAUCCCAUAAUAGACUACUCUGAUGUUUAUUGUCCAACAGCUGAAACAAUUGUCCACUACCUACAUGUAUAUUGACAUCAUCCUCUUGAUUCUUGUCUAUUUGAUUGCUCACUUUUGGUAAAAUGGUGGUACUCAUCUUCUUUUCACAUUCAUGUUCUUCUUCACAUCUUACACACUGAAAUAUACUUUAAUUAUACUUUAUACUGUAAAUAACUGUUUAAAAAGGGCUGUAUAGAAAAAUAAAAUGUAAUAAAAGUGUUGGUGGUUUAGAUCAGGGACCGAUCUUGUCAGGCAUUAAUUAUUUGCUCAUUUGUGUGUCUGAAAACCCCCAGACAUUAGGACUUUUGUUUACUCUUUAGUUGGGCUCAGUUCAUUGUAAUGUUGAUUCAGCAAAUGAAAACACAUUAUUUCCUUUUAUUUGUGAAGUAAUUAACAAUAAAUGGGUUAUCAUUAA